AUCAGGCUAGACUGGGUUGGGUUGAGCUGAAUCAAAAAGGCUUAGCCCGUGAGAAAUGUGAUGGGAGAGAGAACGGUCCAAUCGGCGGAAAGACCGCGACCAACUCUGACGCUCUCUCUCUCUCUCUCUCUCUCUCUCUCCAGUGGCAGUGAAACUGAAUUUCGUAAAAAAAAAAAUCCUCAUUUCUCAUAUAUCAUCGUACUCCAUAUAAGAACAAAACAAAAUCCCACCGAAAAAAAAAAAAAACCGUUUCACUAGACCCGACCUUUUCGUCUGUGCUUUGAACUUCUCUCUGAAAAAUUAUUUUUGUCAUUCAAACUUCGGAUAGAGAGAUUUAUUGCAGUUUUAAACCACUUUGGCUGAAAAUAAAAGAGUGUUUCAGUUUCAGUUUCAUUGUCUUGCUUUCAAAUAACAGUAAACCCAACAAACCCAAAAUUCUUUUUGUUUGGUUGUUGUGUUUUUGAUUGAUUUGGUCGGGGGAAUAUAAUAAAAAAAGAAAAAAAAAGAAACAGUCGAUGGAUAGGUACCAGAGGGUGGAGAAACCAAAAACAGAGACUCCAAUAAACGAAAAUGAAAUUAGGAUAACUACUCAAGGCAGAAUGAGGAAUUAUAUUUCCUAUGCCACCACUCUCCUUCAAGAGAAAGGGUCCAGUGAGAUUGUUCUUAAAGCAAUGGGCAGAGCCAUUAAUAAGACUGUGAUGAUUGUAGAGCUAAUCAAGAGGAGAAUUGCUGAUCUUCAUCAAAAUACUUCAAUUGGAUCAACCGAUAUAACAGACAUGUGGGAACCACUAGAAGAAGGCCUCCUUCCUCUGGAGACUACCCGUCAUGUAUCAAUGAUCACUAUCACAUUAUCAAAGAAGGAGCUGGAUACGUCCUCCACAGGAUAUCAACCUCCUCUUCCGGCUGAUCAAGUGAAACCCUUAAAUGAAUAUGAAGAUGACAGAACUUUAGAGGCUUCACCAGGGACACGAGGAAGGGGGCAAGGUGGUCAAGGAAGGUUUAGGGGUAGAGGAAAUGGAGUAGGGGAAUAUAAUGGUGAUGGUUGGGACGGUGGGCGUGGUUUUGGUGGCAGAGGUCGAGGACAUGGAAGAGGGCGAUCUUUCCGGGGUCGAGGGCGAGGCUAUGGAGCUGGAGGAUACUAUCACUAUGGUGAGUCUGAUGCACCCCAUCCCCAAGGUCGUGGUAAGUUUGUGCUUUGGAACAGAGUUCGAAGAAUGUUGUAUUUGUUCACUGCUAGCUUGUUGAGCCGUGAGAAAUGAAUUUUUGACUUUUCUAUCUUGGAAGUGGCAUGUGUGAUUUUAACGUUAAAGUUCCUCUCUGAGAAGCAAAAUAACAAGUUAACUACCUUCUGGGAAAUAUGCUAGCUAAACAUUCCAAAUUCAUCAGAUAAUUGCACUAUAUAUUUAUGCCAAAUGGUUUUCUAAUUAAAAUAGUUGGAAUAUUUGAGGACUUAGCUAUUUCUGUUGCAUUCUGUAGUUCUCUUCAGCAUAUAAACAUUGACUGGAGUAAACUAUCUACCCUCUUGCCUUAAGCCAUGUUUCAUGGUACGUUCAAGAUCAUGCAAAUCUCACGAGCAUGAACUGGCAAAUCAUAAAUAUCUGCAAAGAGCAGACUCCUAAUAUUUUAUUUUUGAUAUGAAAUGCCAUCCUUUUGCAAC